CUGGGAUACGGUCCUAUCAUGGCGGAAGAGUUCGCUGGCUAACGUCGUCAGUGCGCGAUUGUUCGCUUUAGCACGUUUUGGAAACUACGACUUUCGGCUCUUGGACAAAUUCUACUCUCUUGCACGGGCCUCUAAACACAAACGGGUGUUGUGUAAAAGAAGGUAGCUGUUUCACAUCAAGAGGAACCUUUUCAGCACCAGCAAAAGAUCAAAUGGAGUGUGCAGUGGACAUUCCUGCCGGCGAGGAUGAGACUACAGAAAAAGAUGACGUGAACUGUAAAGAAGGGACUGAAACACCUCAAAAGAAAAACAAGAAACAUAAGAAGCACAAGAACAAGAAGAAGAAAAAGAAGAAGAAGGGUGAAAAAGACAGCAGUUCAGAGUCUGGUCCUGAGUCUGAGGCAGAGGCAGCUCCUCCAAAACCUGUCCGGACUACUAGAGCCAGUGCAAGGCUGGCUGCGAAAGCUGGAGAUUCGGUCGGCCAGAAGGAAGAGAUUAAAACAGAUUGUGUGGACAAGGAGGGAGAUGCAAAAUCUAAAAAACACAAAAGACAUGCUGCUAAGAAGAAGAAAAAGAAGAAGAAGAAGGAUGAAAAGAAAUCCCAAUCUCGCUCUUCAUCUGAUAGCAGCUCCGGUUCGGGUUCGGAUACUGAAACGGAGGGGCGUGCAGGGACAGGAGAUUGCAAAUCCUCUCCAGCGGUAGCACCUAACCAGCAUGAGCCAGUAUCCAAAAUCUCAACAGUAAACAACAAAGGGGAUGAGAACCUUGUUUCCAGUCUGCCGCAAACGGAACCACUUGAAGAGAAGAAAGAGGUUCUACCUGAUAUGGAUGUUUCACAAAGUGCAGAGAAGACGACAAAUGAUAGUCAUCCAAAUGGAACCGAAAAGGAUAUCAAAUCCCCAUCGCCUAGUUUGGAUGAGGUAGCACAUACAGGAACAGUUCAGGUGAAGGAAGAAGCCAAUCUAGGAGAGUGCAAUUUCAGUCAUGCCCAUGAACUUCCUGACAUUAUUCCUAAAGCGGACGGUAACACACCUAGAGAUGAGCCAUUAGAGAUAGAUAAAUCCAGUUUAAAGCAACAACAAAAAACAACAGCAAAAGAGUCUGACUCGCCAAAGUCAGGGUCUCCGCUCCCUGUUUUAGGCACACAUAUUAAGCGGUCUGACUCAAGGCAUAGUCGGUCACCAUCAUCAAGUCCUCCCAAGCAGCAAAAUGAUGAACAAAAAGUAAUGGCGAUAGAAGAACCGUCAAAAAAUCAUUCGAGAUCGGCUUCAAAGGACAAGAAAUCACCCACUCCUCGAAAAAAUCGUCGGCUCUCGCGUUCAAUCUCUCGCUCUCCAUCUCCUAAAUCUAGGAGAAAAUCUGUCUCCCCACGCUCGAAGUCCCCCAAGAGAGCUCGCCGCCAUUCAAGAUCUAAUUCUCGGUCACGUACCCCCAGAAGGAAGUCGUUAAGGUCCCCGCGGAGGUCCAAGUCGCCAAAACGUCGGAGGAGCUCCUUGUCCACGUCCCCGAGGCGACAUAGAAGUCCCCUGUCUACAAGAAGAAGAUCUUCGAGAUCGCCAAAACGCAGCGGGCGUAGGUCACGCUCUUUAUCACGGUCUCCGAGGAGAAGCCGGAGAUCAAAGUCCCGCUCGCGAGGGCGCUUAAGGCGCUCUCGGACCCACUCGCCUAGACGCGGUGCCACAAGCGGCAGGCGGUCACGCUCACGUUCUUUUGGCAGGGUCCGUCGCUCCAGAUCACGACGCCCUCACCGCCGAUCCAGGUCGCGUUCCUUGGCAAGGCGCACUGGUGGCCGGCGCUCAAGGAGUCGGUCUUUGUCGCGACAUAGGAGGUCUCCGCCUCCCAGAGCACGCCGCUCACGCUCCAGAUCUGUGCGCAGGAGCAGGCGGAGCCGCUCGCGCACCCCCUUGUCCUACAAACGUCAACGGCGCUCUAGAUCAAGGACUCCCCGUAAACGGACCAAAUCCCGAACUCCUAUUUCCCGCCGGCGCUCCAAAAGCAGGUCUCCCUUCCGAAGGCGUUCUCGGUCCCCUGCAAGGAGAAAACGGUCUCCACUGAGGUCUAGCAAACGCUCGAAAUCCCGCUCGUUGCCUAGAAGGCGCAGGUCGAAGUCACGUUCGCCUCUGUUGAGCAGAAAGAAGUCCAAAUCGCCAAGGAGCCGCGUUAGAAGGUCAAAGUCAAAAUCUGUCUCUGUUGGCUUGCGCAGAUCCAAGUCCAGAACCCCGUCUGAGUCAAGUGAUAGGCCGUCUGAUAGGUCGUCCCAUGCCAGAUCCGCAUCACCCCCUGUUGAGGAGAAGACGAUUUCUCCCCAUGCAGACCAAGCAUCCCCAGAAAGGACGGCUGCAGAAGCAGAACCCGAUUCUACUGCAGGUGGUUGGAAACCAGUGGCCUCACUAGUUGCUUCCAAAUGUUCAGCUGAUGAGGUGCAGGAGCGACCUAAAGUGUCUGAUACGAUCCCUGCUGAAGACGAGAAAGAAGAACAGAGUGAGCAGGCCAGCAUAUCCAACGAACAGUUGGUUUCUGGGACUGGGUUUGGCCCUCAAGAACCUGCCAUUGGAUCUCAAGAACCUGCCACUGGAUCUCAAGAACCCGUGUUUGGCCCACAAGAACCUGUGUUUGGCCCACAAGAACCCGUGUUUGGCCCACAAGAACCCGUGUUUGGCCCACAAGAACCCGUGUUUGGCCCACAAGAACCUGUGUUUGGCCCACAAGAACCCGCGUUUGGCCCAAAAGAACCCGCGUUUGGCCCAAAAGAACCUGCGUUUGGCCCAAAAGAACCUGCGUUUGGCCCAAAAGAACCCGAGUUUGGCCCAAAAGAACCCGAGUUUGGCCCAAAAGAACCCGAGUUUGGCCCAAAAGAACCCGCGCUCGGCCCACAAGAACCCGCGCUCGGCCCACAAGAACCCGCGCUCGGCCCUCAAGAACCCGCGUUCGGCCCUCAAGAACCCGCGUUCGGCCCUCAGGAACCCGCGUUCGGCCCUCAGGAACCCGCGUUCGGCCCUCAGGAACCCGCGUUCGGCCCUCAGGAACCCGCGUUCGGCCCUCAAGAACCCGCCUUCGGCCCCCAAGCACCCGCCUUCGGCCCCCAAGCACCCGCCUUCGGCCCCCAAGCACCCGCCUUCGCCCCCCAGGAGUCUGACAUUGGCCACCCAGACGGUUCUGGAUGUUCGGAGGCCUCAGCUGAAGAAGUUGAAAGUGCUCCUUUGCCCUGCCUUUCUGCAGAUGCUGAACGUGAUCGGCUUCUCAGGGAUCUGUCAAUCCUUCUUACUGGCGAAGAGCUUUCGCCUUCACCAGCACGUCACAGAGAACCCUCCCGCUCACCUUCACCUCGAAGGAGGUCAAAGUCUCCAGGGAAGAAGAGGGAAUCUAUGUCCCCGUCAGAGAAAAAGAAACGGCGAUCAAAAUCUCGAAGUCCCGGCCGGCGCAAAAGAUCCAGCCCUUCUCGGUCAGCCACUCGACGCAAGCGGUCCCGUUCCAAGUCUCGAACGAGGGCACGGCGAUCCAAAUCCCGCUCCCCGGCCCGCAAAAGACGCUCCCGCACGCCCAACGCCAGGGGAAGGAAAAGAUCCAAAUCCGCGGAUAGGAACAAGCGGUCUCGAAGCCGAUCCGCUGCCCGCAGGAAAAGGUCUCGCUCGGGCGAUAGGGGUAGGCGGUCCAGGUCUCGUUCUUCUGACCGAAGACGCAGGUCGAGGUCCAGAGGUCGAGGGAAACGUCCCGUGUUUCGCAGUCGUUCGUUUGAUCGAAGGGACCGUUGGAAGAGAGAACCCAGCCACUCUCCCGUUCUGAUUCUCCGCAAACAGCGCCGCUCGGGGUCCAGGACGCGACGCAGCGCCAGCAAGUCGCCCCCGAGGCUGACCGAUCUGGAUAAAGACCAGUUACUGGAGAUCGCCAAGGCCAACGCUGCUGCCAUGUGUGCCAAAGCUGGGGUGCCCAUUCCCGAGAGUCUGCGGCCAAAAGCCAUCCUCCAACUUCCGCUGCCCACCCCGUCUCCAGGCCCCCUCUCUCUCCCGCUGCCUUUGCCCCUCCCCAUGGGCAUGGGGAUGCCGAAUAUGCCCAACAUGGGUCCAAUGGGCUUGCCCGGCAUUCCGGGAAUGCCCAACAUGUCCAACAUCACCAUGAGCGCCGCCAUGGCGAGUAUGACGGCGGCCACUAUGACGGCUGCCUUGACCAACAUGGGCGCCCUGGCGGCCAUGCCUCCCCUCGCCCCGCUUCCCACCAUCACCAAUAAGCCCCCUCCUAGUCUGGCACCGCCGACCCCAUCCCUGAACCUGGACCACAUCGAAGAAGCGAAAAGGAAGGUCACGCAGCAAGCUAACAUCCACACCAUCAAGGAGCUGACAGAGAAAUGUAAGAUGAUUGCAAACAGCAAGGAGGAGAUGGCUGUAGCUAAACCUCAUGUCUCUGAUGAUGAAUUCUAAACUUUUCAAGCCCUCCAGGCACUCACUGACUAGAAGUUAGACAAACUCUGUGAAGAUACCUUUUUUUCCCUUCUUAGGAUCCACACAGGAACAUCUAAGGAUUUUUUUUCAGGAUGAUGCGGACGCUAGUUCCUUUGGAAGUCGCGUGGCGUGGCCGAGCCUCACACAAAAGAAGAGCAGAGUAGUUGCUUUCAACUCUCCCUUCUCGUUGCUUCUGUUUUUGCGGCCGGUUAACGCUUGAAAAACUGGACACGUUGACAUCUUGUGUGCAUGAUUGUAAGAAUAUAGUGCGAGUGUGUGUAGAUGAGUGUACAUAGUGAUUUUCAAAAACAUCCCCCUCAGUGUCGCUGUUUAUGGAAGCAGGCACUGUUGAAAAGACUGAAACCAAACUUACUAAUGGCGCUUUUUGUUUUCUGUUUUUGUAAAAGCUUAGUUUGUCUCAAUUGGUUUUUCCUCUAAAGCUUUUCUUAAGGACUCCAUUAAGUGGACACCGCUUCCUUGUUCUGCUGUACUCCCCAGUUAUAGUUAUUUUUUUUAAACAUUGUUUUAGUUUGUUAUACUACGUGAUUGACACAAGCUUGGGUAACGUUGGGUUGUGAAAAUUCUGGGAUAACCGAGAGAGGCAGAUUAGACGGGGGAACCUCCCCCUCACCACAAAACGUAUAAAAAUUCAAUUGUUUCUGCCCUAGUUGGGAUUAUCUUUAUUUUAAAGUGGCGGCGAAAUUUAACUAGAGAGAUGUAUCUGCGCAAGAAACAAUUCCUUUUGCAAGCUUUGAGACUGCUUAUCUGGUGUGAUAGUAGAUUUGAAAAGCUCAAGAUAAAGCUAGCUGAGAUUUCAACGGGUGGGUCAGACAACUGCUUCUUGUUUUUGGUGGCCUAUUAAUAUCGUUAAUAAGCGUUGUGGGAAUUGUUUAUGCUGCAAUCCUCUUGUGACCAAGAAGACUGUCUUAACUGUGGAAGAUUACGCAAAGAUCUUUUCCCCUCCUACCUUGAUUGUCAAAUUAACUGCUUCUCUAUCAAACACGGAAUCCCUCGAGGUUAUCUUUAGCUGUUUUAAAGAUGGGGGAAGAUAAAAGGAGAAAACAUUUUAGAUUUUUUGGGGGGCUCAUUUGAAUAUGACAUUGCUUGCGUUGUAUAUAAAUGUGAUAAUGAUUAUUAAAAACUUCAAUGAUCUGUA